UUCUCUAAACAGUGUUUUAAGACUAAACGAAAACUAUGCCGUUUAACACGAAAUAUCAAGCUACGCCGUUUCCGGCUUACACAACGAAGUCGUCCUACAAUUUUAUUGUCACCCUCUCCUAACAAACUCAGAUCCUAUUCCUUCGAAAGACAGACAUCUGAAUCAUCACAGCCGCUGGCCGAAACACAAGUUCCCUGUGGAAUUCUUGUACCAAUCUGCCACUAUCCCAAUUCAAUGCAUUGUCCAUGAACCCAUCAUAUCUUCGACGAAAGGGGCAGAGAAACUCGACCCUGAUAGCUUCCAAUACGACUACGCACGCCCCAAUCCUCGACCGUAAUUGCUUCUGCCGUCUCUCUCUCUUGGCGAUUUGAUUUUGCCUCUGUUACUGGUGAAUUAUAUGCAAAACUAUAUAGUUUUAUGUAUACGUUUCUUGCUUUCUUGAAUGAAUUUGGGGUUUAGUUGAUUUUUCUCUAUACCCGAUUCAGAUUGUUUGCUUCUCUUCCUCAAAUUACUGCCUAUGUAUGCUUUGUGUGGUUCAGAAGUCUGAAUUUCUAAAGUUUUUCUGUUCCUAAGAAUUCGAAUUAUCUGCAUAUUUACAGCCUGUGGCUGUGUCAUUCGAAUCGACUCGGUUGUCUAUUUAAUGGUCGCCCGGUUCGGUUGAAAUAAAUCCUGGGUGCUCCAUUUUUUAGCAUCUUUUUCCUUUCCAGUUAAUCAUAGUGAACUAGUCUAUGCUACAGUGCAGACAAUCCAUGGUUAUUAAUAUCAUUAGGAGAAAAUGGUGCAGUGGAUGUUUUUGGGUUGGGCUGGAGGGUCAGGUUUUCUCUUUUGGAUGCCAGCAAGGAUUUAAUUACCAGCAGAGGUGUGGUUUGGUGAAUGUAAAACUGAAAUGGGUGAAAGAUAGAGCACUUGAUGCUGUUGUGUCUGGUGAAAGGGAUCUCAGAGCAGCUUGCAUUCUUGUUUCCAUGAUCUCUUCUUCUCCCCAUUCUUGUGUUCCCAUAUAUCACCUCUCUCGCCAUCGCGGACAGCUUGGUCUACCGCAUGAUCUUAAGCUCUCCACCUUUAUUAGGAGAUACCCUACUGUUUUUCAGGAGUCUCAUAGUCUUGAUGGCGGAGGCACUCGUGUCCCUUGUUUUGGCUUGACUCCUGAAGCAUUAAAACUCCACCAAGAAGAGCUCGAUAUUAUUGAGAAGAAUCAAGUGGAUCUUGUCAAUAGGCUCCGCAAACUGCUCAUGCUUACCAGAGACCGGACCCUGCCUUUGCAAACUAUUGACCAGCUGAAAUGGGACUUGGGUUUGCCAAAUGAUUACCAUUAUUCCUUGAUUCCACAUCACUCCAGAUUUUUCUCUUUGGUCACCCUCUCUGACAAGCGUGAUGGCUUGAAGCUCAUGUCCUGGGAUAAUGAUCUUGCUGUCUCACAAUUGCAAAAAAAUGCUGCCCUUCAACAGAAUGAAAACGAUGUUAAAAAUGGCUGCUUAGCAUUUCCAAUUGGAUUUACAAGGGGUUUUGGGUUAAAAAGGAAAUCCAUGGAGUGGUUGAAAGAGUGGCAAAAGCUCCCUUAUACUUCUCCGUAUUCCGAUGCCUCCCUUUUGGAUUCCCGCACAGAUGUCUCUGAGAAGAGGAUUGUUGGAGUCUUUCAUGAGCUUCUUCACCUAACCAUAGAGAAGAAAACUGAGCGUAAGAAUGUGAGCAACCUCCGAAAGCCACUGGCUCUGCCUCAGAAGUUCACUAAAGUGUUUGAGCGCCAUCCUGGUAUAUUUUACAUCUCUAAGAAGAAUGACACUCAGACUGUAGUUUUAAGGGAAGCCUAUGACCAUCAGCAACUCUUGCAUAGGCACCCUCUUGUAGAAAUCAGGGAAAGAUUUGGAAGCAUGAUGAGGACAGGGUUGUUGGAGAGGAGCAGAGGGUUUUACAAGAGAAGUGCAAGUGCAGGUGCUGGCGUAGAACAGGAUCGAACGGAUGAUGUUUAUGUUGAUGAAAUGGAUGAUACUCAGGGUAGUUCUGAAGAGGAGUCAGACUGUAAGUUGUUUUCUGACUAUGAUUCAGAUGACCCUAUACAUGAACCAUGUUGAGUUCUGCCAAUGCAUUCAGCACCAAUGAAUUGUUGGGAGUUUAAAAUUAUUCAAUCCCAACGUGAGCAAAUACUUUUCCAGUUAUUGUUCAAAAUUGGCAAUACAAUUUGAGAGCAAAUCCCUGUUCUCAUGUGGUACCCGAUUGAACAAAGCAGUUUUUAAUAAUGCGGUCAUUCCUCAAUCAAUUGAAUUUUGUUGACCAAAUUUAUGGGCUAUAUGCCUAUCAUCUGCCUUCUCAUAGAUUGAUUCUUUGACAAGGAAAUGGAUAAGAUUUAUGAUUAAGUUGUUUGUUGAAGUUAAAAGUGGGAAGCUGCUCCAAAAUAUAGAAAGCUCAGCCACUAAUGUUGGUCCGGGUGGAAGAGUAACAGAACUCUACUGAGGGUAGUAACGUUCCCCAGAUAUCUUGUAAGGUCCAUGCAAGCAACAAACUUGAUAUUGGGAUGCUUCACUUAAGAGGAUCAAAUCGGUGAUAACUUGUUUGACAUUUAGAGGAAGCAUGUAGCAACUCGUCUUGGCCAGAAUAUGAUUAGGGUAUCAGUGUCUUACUCAGUAUAUGAUUUUCUUUUGUAUUGAAGUUUUUAGCAUAACGUUAAUAAUUUGUUCAAAAAUCAUUCACAUGAAGUUUUGGAGAUAA